UGAUUGAAAAAAAGUGAUUUAAGGUAAAAUUUAUAACUUCUUCGACAUGAUAAAUACCUAAGGUAAGUUUAGUUGUAAUUAAUUGCUGUAUUUCAACUUUUUUAAGAUGGAGAACAACAACUUGCGACGAAGUGGAAGGAAUGUUAAGAAGACGGCUGACUAUGGUGCAGACGGCGUUGACGAACGGGAGACGAACGUCGACGCUGAUUUUGAGAUGAAGGAGGACGGCGCCGGAUCGGACAGUGAUGGCCAUGUGAGUGACAUGGAUGAUGACGAUUCUCUCCAACCUAAGGUUAACGUCGAAGAUAAGGCUGAGCUGGAGGAGGGCGAAGAGGAAGCCUUUCCGGAAGGAGUUGGAGGACCACGAAAAUGGUCAAAUGGCGCUCCCUAUCCAGGGUGGCAAACAGAAUUGUUGGAAUCCUCAUUCGAAGAUUCUCAAGAUCUUUCCAAGGAUGAACUCAUAUCUUUGAUGACGUCGACAAAACUGUAUGCUUAUCAGAUCCGAAUUUGGUUCAACAAUCACAGACAGAGGAAGUACGGAAUAUCGUUGACGGGUAAACAGCGUCACAUUUUGGAGGAUUUUUACUUCGCCAAUAAGGGUAGGCUCCCUUCCGCUCUGGAGAAGGAGGACUUGAUGUUUAGGGCUGAGUUGAGCAAGAGACAAGUGGAAAACUGGUAUAAGAAAGCAAGAAUGAGGGGAAUCAUUUAUCACGAUGGCACAGCCCCCCAACAACCCAAGGUUAUUAAUCCAAGUCGUCGAGUAUUUUCGACGGAGAAAGGCCGUAUACUUCGACGGGACAUCGACCCAGAUGAUAAUAUUCUUGAAUUCUGGCAGAUGUAUCUUGUCCUCUGGGUUAAUACCUUAGGUAAUGUGGUGGCUGUGACGGUGGGGUAUACAUCGUGGGAUUCUGCCACCGACGCAGCAUUUGCCAAUUGGAAUAACAUUGUGAAUGGCGAUAAAGCUUGCAGCUAUCGAAACGAAGCCAAGGAGAAGAAAUGGAGACCUCUCAUCAAGGAAGCCAUUCCUCUUGGACUCUAUGCCUCGGAUGAACCAGCUGCAAAGAAGUUGAAGUGGUGGCUGAGACUCCGGCUGCUUGCGAUGGGCACAUUUCACCCACAUGAAUGCCUCACCCUGCUCCGUGACCACGCCCAGUACUUGGAGGAGACCUUAGGUCAUUAUUUUGACCUUCUACCCCCACCUACUCAGCGCUGGAUUACCAUGUCGAAGGACGGCAUUGCUCGCUACCUCCUCAACCCGACAGCCAUAUUCCCUGGAAUCGAUGAUCGCCUCGUUCUUCGCCACAAGUGUAAGGAGGAGUUUGGGAUUGAUCCAGUUGAAGCAGUGAAGCGGAUCAAUGUACUUGAACGUUUUCGAACUGGCAUAAUGGGAUUUUUAGCUCGCUUUCCUCGCUUUCCGACCUUAGGUCAAUGAGUCAUUUAAUGAUAUAUUGUUUGUUUUUUUACUCUAUGAUACUAUAAAUGUUAAAACUAAACACCGAAAAUGAAUAAAUCCAAAGAGGAUUUGCUAAUAA